AUGAAAAAAUCAAAUGAACAACAAUCGUAUACACUAGAAUGUGAACCUCCCCUUAAAAGGCAUCUUUAUUCCAUUGAGAAUUUCAUUAAACUGUUUUAUAUUGUUUUAGUAUCCUUUUAAUUUCACGCCUGUUAUAUUGGAAUAAUAAGCUCAGUUUUAGGGAUGAUUAGGAGAAAAUCCAUUCACACUGAUUUUACAAUGAAUAUACUGUAUUUAAUGAAUAUUAGUUUUUUUAAAUGUACCAACAAUUACAUGUAUCAUUUACCUAUUUUAAUACAUUAUAUAGUUGGUAUUUCAGAAUACAUCAAUUUACGAAGAGGAUCUAUGUAUCAAACAUGCAAGAAUUUUGUUAUAACAAUAUAAUAAACUAAAGAAUUUUUUUUAGAUUUUAGAUGCAAAUAUGAGUUUAUGCUUGUACCUUUAAGUGUAGUUAUGGUAAUUGUGAGUGAUUCUUCAUGGUGGCUAGUCAUUUUGCACUCAUUUUACGUUAUAACUAAAAUAGUAGCAAUAAAAGAUAUGUUUGAUAUUUAUAUGAGUUUCAGAAAGAAAAUUAGAUUGUGAUUAUUGUAAUAAUUCUUUAAAUAAUAAUUUACUGUGAUUAUUUAUAA